AUGUUGGCAAUUUCACGUGAACAACUACUGAUUCUAUGCUACAGUCUACUGGUAUCGGUUGAUGCCCAAGAUGUGGUGCAACCUCGUAUCAUUGGUGGCCAGGUGUCCGAUAUUAAAUAUGAGAAAUAUUUAAUGCUAGUGACCACCUCCACAGAGGUUUGUGGUGGCUCUCUUAUAAAACCUCUGUGGGUCAUUACAGCAGCUCAUUGUGUGCGCAAUGUUAAGAAGGAGGAUUUACGCAUCUACGGAGGAGCUUCUAACCAGGAGGGUCCCCAUGCCAUUUUACGCUAUGUUGACUUAAUAGUCAUUCGACCCGACUUCAAUAUGAAUACUUUGAACAUGGAUGUGGCUGCAUUGCGUUUGACAUCCCAGAUGGUUGGUGCAAAUGUCGAAACAAUUGAAUUGGCCUCCCAGGUGGUGCCACCGCGAGUUCUGGUCAAAGUCUCUGGCUGGGGCUCAACCAAAUCAGGAUCCUCCGUAGCAGUUAAACGUGUGCAUACGGUUUGGGUGCCCAUGUGGUCGAUGUCAUCCUGCCGUUCGAUUUAUUAUGGUAUUCAUCGCAUUACCCGGUCAAUGACAUGUGCAGCAAAACCCUAUCGAAAGGAUGCAUGUGAUGGUGAUUCUGGUGGUCCUUUGGUCUACAAUGGCCAACUGGCUGGCAUUGUAUCAUUUGGCUAUGGCUGUGCGACAAGAUUACCAGGUGUUUACACUAGUGUGCCCCAGAUAAGGAAUUGGUUCUUAAAUAUAGUCAAAGAGCAUACUCCAUCUGCCUCCUCGAAUAACUCUCCCAUUGCAUGGAAGGACGAAAUGGAUUUGUCAAUGACCUCACAGUUCAUGCCCAGCAACAAUGUCUGGGUGACCUUGUACUUGAGGAGCAUGUGCGUACGGUCUGUCCUAAAAUUGACGCGCCCCUUUGAUAUAGCGGGUAAAGCAAGUUUGGUUAAACUUGACUUUAAUGAAUUGCCAGCCAGCGCGAAUCUGACCAUAGUUGGUUGGGGCUUGACCAAAGACAAUUGGCCAUUUAAUCCCAAUCAAUGUCUAAAGGCUGCCCAAGUGCAUUUAGUUCCGCAGCAGGUAUGCCUAACGACAAUAGGUAGCAUGAGUCCUGUGACAGAGAAUAUGUUUUGUGCUAUCGGGAAGAAUGCCACAGACGCCUGCCCAGGUGAUUCCGGUGGGUCCAUACUAUUUGAGAAUCGACUGUCUGGCAUUGUAUCCUGGGAUGCAAAUCAGUUAGCACACGCCAUGGACUGGCACUGGUUGUCAUAUUAUUUGCUCUGCAUCUGGUGCAUUUGGAUAAUGCAAUCUAUUAAUCAUCUCAUCGUUGCCAACGAAUCGCGCAUAGUGGGCGGUCAGGAGACAACUAUUGCCCAGGUUCCGUAUAUCGUUUAUCUACGACAAAGUCAAAAUUUCAUCUGCGGUGGCUCUUUACUGUCUGCCAAAUGUGUCCUAAGUGCAGCACACUGUGUGUAUGGCUUCCAAGCCAAGGACUACACAGUUCAUGCCGGUGCUACGCGUUUAGAUGAGUCCGCACCAAUGGUGCGUGAGGUGUUAAGCUUUCACAUUCCACCGAAUUAUUCACCAAAUAAUUUUGACAUGGAUGUAGCCAUUCUGAGAUUGACAACACCCAUGAGCCUAAGUCCUGGACAAGUGGCCACUAUACAGCCGUGUCGAUCUCCGCCAGCUGCCAAUUCAUAUGUGAAAAUCAGCGGUUGGGGGGUUACUGCCGAAAACAAUCGAGAGCCUUCGAUCCAAUUAAGAACGGCAAUGGUGCGAGUGUUGCCCAAUCUGGAAUGUCGUCUAGCCUAUGCUGGGCAGGCUCAACUUAGUGAUUCCAUGGUGUGCGCUGCUGUGCGUGGUCUUAAGGAUUCGUGCUCUGGUGAUUCUGGUGGUCCACUGGUUUAUCGGGGACAAGUGUGCGGUAUUGUGUCCUGGGGAUUUGGUUGUGCCCGCAUUAGCUAUCCGGGCGUAUAUACCAAUGUGGCAAGUGUUCGUGUUUAUGAGUUUAUACAACAAACUUUAAAUCUAAAUCGAACAAGUGAAGAAAAAACGGAAAUAUUCGAAUUUAAGCUAUGUAAAGGAAGCUCUCAGCGAUGCCAACAAAUGCCAAAGGUGCACAUAUUAUCGCUCCUUGUUCUCUCAAUUCUAUUUAGAGCGUGUUCUUCCAUUAACGAAGCCAAUUCGCGUAUUGUUGGUGGCACUCCAGUGGAUAUAGGCAGUGUUCCGUAUUUGAUUAGUCUACGUAUUGGUAGCCAAUUCAUUUGCGGUGGAUCGUUGGUAACGCCCACCCAUGUGGUCACCGCUGCCCAUUGUGUUAAGGGUGUUGGAGCUGCCCGUCUACUGGUUGUAGCCGGAGCAUCUCGACUCUCGGAAACGGGGAUUCGUAGCGGCGUUGCCAAGGUCUACACCCCCAAGGCCUAUAAUGGACGGACUCUUCACACGGAUGUUGCUGUGUUGAAGCUAAAGAAUCCACUUAGUGGUCCUAACAUUGCUACCAUUAAUCUGUGCAAUUCUACGUGGAAAGCCGGUGAUCUAAUCAAAGUCUCUGGCUGGGGCCUUGUAACGGAACGUAGUCGAACCCCUUCACAACAACUGCGCAGUGUAGAGGUGGCGUUAAUUCCGCGCAAAACCUGCAGUAGUCAAUACCGGAUGAGGGGUACAAUCACUUCCACAAUGUUUUGUGCUUCUGUGCCGGGCCAAAAGGAUGCAUGCGAAGGGGAUUCGGGAGGACCGGCUGUCUUUCAGAGUCAAUUGUGUGGCAUUGUGUCAUGGGGAGUUGGUUGUGCUCGAAAAAAUUCUCCUGGUGUUUACACCAGUAUUAAGACUGUACGAAGUUUCAUUGAUAAGGCAUUAAAUUUGUAAAUUUGUGAGAAUAAAAACUGUAAAUCUGUUUAAAU